UUUCAGCCGGCUGCAGCUAAUGAGCCUUUGUGUGGCCAAAGAGAGAGAAACAGAGAGAGAGAGAGAGAGAGAGAGAGGGAAACGAGCACAGUGACAGACAGAGAGUUGAAGUGAGAAAGACAGUAGUCCUGUAACAAUAAAAGCAUAUGGUGCCGACAGUGCUGAGAGUCCUGAUCCGGAGAAUUACAGGUCUCUCUGUCUCUCUCACUCUCCUGCACCCUUUUUUUUCCCUUUUUUAUCCCCCCACUCAUGCCCCUUGGAGCUCAGGGGUCGCAGCAAGUCAGUAGACUGGAAUAAAAUGGGAACCUCUUCAUUCAUCAUGGUUUUUUUUUUCUGCUUCUUUUGAAUAGCCACAUUUAUGAUUGUGCGCCUAUGCUGCUGUAAGGAGAGGUGAAAGGAGUCACAGACUCGCCAGUGGAUACAGGUCAGUUGUUCCUGUGAGGGCCGGUGCAGGCACACACACACACACACACGCACACACACGCACGCACACACGCGCGUGCACACACACACACACACAGAAGUGUUGUCUGGUCACUGUGGGACUCAUGUGUCAUGACUUGCUCCAGAUGCCAUAGGCUUCAUGGCAUCACUCAGUCAGUAUGAGUGUUUUGAUCACCGUGUUAUACCAUCGAUUCAUUGCGAUUGCUGGAAUCUUGUGAAUGACGAGUGGGGGUGGGGGAAUCAUUCAGAAUCUAAGUGUGCUGCUGUUGAUUAAGGACAGGACUUUGUCUUCCACAGAUGAUGAGAGGCAAACACAGGGAGGGGCUUUCCAAGCUGGCUUUUGCUGCAUUAUUUUCUCUGGGAUUUUCUCCCUUGUACCAUAGUGUGUGCUGCCCGGCCGUGAUUAGUGGUAAGGCAACAGUGGAGACAAAGAGAGAGCUGUUGGAGAGGAGCAACAAUCUCUGGUUUUUAUUUAGCCACAAAGAGAGAGUUUCACCCGAGAUUACCCACAGCUCCGUGGUUAAUGAUGUCACCCGAGAUGUCAAGAUUUUAACUUUUCAUGCCGUCACAAGAACAUGUAAAUGAACCAGUGCUGGGAGGACGUGGGAUAAAUGUUCAGACGUCGUUUAAGUUGCUCUGACACUGAUGCUUUACUGCGGAGAACCUCUCCAUACAGUAUGUAACACUGGAGACGCUGUCGUAUGAGAGAGCCCUAGUUGUUGAGAGAGUACAUUAGAAUCUCCAUGGAAACCAUUUUUGGCAUCAAAGCCCAGUGCAGCAUCAGCUGAGGGCUAAGCAUACAAAUAGGUUUCCAACAAUGGUAUCUAAUUAGGACCCUCGCUAGGAAAUGGACUGAAAUUGCACAGGUCGUUUUCUGGUGGAAAUUUCCACUCCUGUUGGCCAACAGAUGAAAUGAAACAGAUAAUCCAGUUCCUUCGCUGCUCAGUGUUUUUUUUUAAAUCUCGCAAGACUAAUUCAAUAUUUUAGAGCAGGAUUGGUUCAUUAGUUAAAGAUGACACAUUAUGCUCAUUGUCAGAUUUCACCUCCAAAAGAAUUCUUUCUGAGAAAGACACGGUUUCCCUGACGGACUGCUCUCUCCUCCGCUCUCUCCCUCGCCCAGAUGGAGGAUGCCUCACAUUCCUCAGUUGUGCAGAUGCGGCGGGCCAUGAGCGGAAUACUGAAGAGGAAAUUUGAGGAGGUGGAAGCCUCCUCCUCCCCGUGCUCUUCCUUGCGGGAGUCUGAUGAUGAGGUCUCCUGCAGUGAGAGCGGGGAUAGCAGUGACAGUGUCAACCCCUCCGCCUCGGGCCCUUUCACCCCUGACUCAAUCUUGAAGAGAGAGAAGCGCCUGAGGACACGAAGGGUGCAUUUUGAGAAUGUGACAGUGUACUACUUCAGCCGGCGGCAGGGCUUCACCAGCGUGCCCAGCCAGGGAGGCAGCACGCUGGGCAUGUCCAACAGGCACAGCUGGAUCAGGCAGUACUCACUGGGUGAAUUUGCCCUGGAGCAGGAGAGGAUCCACAGAGACAUGCUCCGAGAUCACCUGAAGGAGGAGAAACUCAACUCAAUCAAACUCAAGCUGACUAAAAACGGCACCGUGGAGUCUGAAGAGGCCAACACGCUCACGGCGGAGGACAUCUCCGACGAUGACAUCGAUCUGGACAACACAGAGGUGGACGAGUACUUCUUCCUGCAGCCUCUUACCACUAAGAAGCGAAGGGCACUGCUGCGCUCCUCUGGGGUGAAGAAGAUUGACGUGGAAGAGAAACACGAGCUGAGGGCUAUCCGGAUGUCCAGAGAGGACUGCGGCUGUGACUGCCGCGUCUUCUGUGACCCGGAGACCUGUGCCUGCAGCAUCGCAGGGAUCAAGUGCCAGGUGGACCGCAUGUCAUUUCCAUGUGGCUGCACAAAAGAGGGCUGCAGCAAUUCAACCGGCCGAGUGGAGUUCAAUCCCAUCCGUGUUCGGACCCAUUUCUUGCACACCAUAAUGAAGCUCGAGCUGGAGAAGAGUCGUGAGCAGCAGCAGGCAUCUCCAACCAACGGUUACCGUGGCGAGACUAACGACCUGGGAAGCGGAAACCCUCUCGUUCAGUCCCAGCACCGGUUGGAGUACUCUCUGUCAGACGCCGUCCCGCAGACGGCCAGCAUGCACCUGCAGGCUUCGGACGAUAUGGAGGAGACGCUUGACGAUGACGAGGAGGAAGAGGACGAAGACGACGAGGAGGAGGAAGAGGAAGAGGAGAAUGAAGAUGACGACGAGGAUGAGGAGGAUAGUAGCAGCGUUUGCAGCGGCCUCUCCGACUCCAGCACGCAGAGCCUAGCCAACAGCGACUCUGAAGACGAGGAGGACGAUGAAGACGAAGAAAAGCCUGAGCGCUUUCAGGAUGACAUGACGAGCCCGCCAGCGUCUCACACUGAGGUGGUGCCGUUGUCCUCUGUGCUGUGCUACAGCGAUGGCUCCGUGGCGCAUGAUAACCACAUGAACGGAAACACUUACUUAAUGAACUCCUCUUCGGCUGAGUACUAUCAGCUGGGGAGCUCCAGUGCCGUCUCUAAUGGCCAAACCAGUCAACCAAGUAAACCCUACGGGGAAGCCUUAGCAUUCCAGGAUCCAGUCAGAACAACCAACGGCAGCGCGGCCCAAGGACCCUUCAACCUGACUGCUGAGCAGUACACAGACUACUCGAAUCAGGCCGAGGAGCAAUACGCAGCUAAUCACCAUUUAGCUCUCACCAAUGGCACUACUGCCACCCCGCUGACCUGCUACACACCUGAUCAGGAGAAGGUGUUGUUGAAAGCAGCGUUUGUGGAGCAGCCGGACAACCAGGCGCAGACGCAGUUUCAAAACUACCUGAACAAUAACACGCAGAGUUCCUACAACUCGUGCGUGACCGCUGAACAGCCACAGCAAGAGUCCAGCGUUAGUGGACAUUCUGACCUGACCUUGCUAGCAAACAACACUAAGAACCUCCCUUUACCAGACCAUUGCCCCGAAGUCGCAGCCAUUUAGUGGGUCUCAACUUUUGAAGUGUUCUUUCUUCUGUUAUCAUGUCUUAACUUGAGCCUGGCCAAGCGGCAUUUUAAGGGAUCAUAAUCAUGGCCUUUUUGCAUCAUCUGACCUUAAAUUUCAAAGCAAUUUACAGCACCGUGGUUCAUUCACAUCUGUAACUAUAAAGCCAUAGGUUCAUGGUGGAAAAUGUUUUUCGAGGACUUAUUCGCUCCGCUGCUUCACUGCAAGAUGGAUCAGUUAAAAAAACACAUGAAACAUCAGUUACGUCAUGCUGUGCAAUGUAUCUUGUAAUUUCAGAUGUAAAGUUCUAGUUUUACGCAGAUAUUGUACUGUAGAUGGGACUUUUCUAUGUCUACUGUAUGUGUCAAAUGUGCAAAAAAAAAAGUUUAUUGUCAGUUUAUUUAUUGUUUCUGAAUUAUGUGUAUACUUCUAUAUUGUAAAUGUUUUGAUAACAAUACGCAUGCUGUUUUUGGGGGGGAAUCUCGUUAACAUUAAGGGGGAAAAAAUUGCCAUUGUUUUAUAUGAAAAUGUGUUGUAUACAUCCUUCUUUUGUCACUAUUCUAUGCUUUUCUAUGAUUUUGAAAAGCAUGAAAAAGCCUGAAUUCUUAUUUGUAUGUUUAGAAUAUCGGUAGCAUAUAAUGUCAGAAAUCAAUUCACAGCCUUUUGCACUGACGUGUGGGGGUCCAGUGGCAUGCAGUUGGUUUAUCUGAUGGAAAAGUACGGCCCCUUCUUUUGUCCUCUACUGCGCACUUCUUAGAAUAACUUGAUUUGCGGGUGUCACCACAAAUGAAGAUUUGUUCUUGGAAGUGUUUUAUUGAUACAGGGAUAUUAAUAAAGAAGCACUUUGACAUAUCUCCAAAAGUAUGAGAAGAACAGAUCAGAUCAGAAACCAUCAGUAACCAGGGUCCAUGUAAUUACUGGAGACAAACUAUUGACACAAAUUAAAGGUGCAAUAUGUAAGAAUUUUAGUUUGAAACAUUCAAAAAUGAACAGAAAAUAUAAACACAAUGUGAGGAAAUAACAGUUUUGGCACUUAUGCAUUGUGUUGCAAAGAUAUCUACUAAAGUUAGCAUGCUAACAAGAUAGCCCUGGUCCUGAAGACCUCUUUCUCCCAACGGUCCAAAGCUUGUGUGCUAGUGACGUAAACAUCAAGACACCCCUGGUAGCAUGGUUAGCUGCAGGGUUAAUUGAGCUAACAGGCUAAUAGUUAUUACAGUCCAGGAUGUAUAAUUCGAGAACAGUUAGCAGUGGUUAGCAGUCACUCUGGUGACAUGCUACUCCUAUUUGUUGGGAGUAUGAAUUCAACAGGUGGCCAACUUUUACGUACUGCACCUUUCAUGUGUCAGUACUUGAAGGUGCAAUAUGUGAGAAUUUUUGAUAAAGACAUUAAAAUUGGCAACAAAAUCUGAUGUUGGGGAUAGCGUCAGGGUUCAAUGUGUCAUUGCAGAGAUAUCUACUGAAGUUAGCAUGCUAUUCAGCUAACCAUGGCUCGUCACAGUCCAAAAAUCCUGUGCUGGCAGUGUUAACACUCAGAGUCCAGACUGCCAGCUGUACGGCUAACUGAGGUAACUACCUAAUGGCAGAUACACUUAACAGCUUUUAGUGGUUACUCUGUGAUAUGCUGCACUCUAUUGGUUCGGAGUAUGAAUAUGGACAAGUGGCCAGUUCUUACAAAUUGCACCUUUAACUGACUAACUGGUUACCAGAUUUGUGUUUAAGCUUCAUUCAUCUAAUAUACUGAAAUGUUUAUUUAUGUGGAUCCAAGAAUGAUGUCAGUUUGUUUUAUUGAAGUGUUUAGUGCAAUAGUGCACAGGGUUUUUUUUUAAUACACAUUCUAUUUUAGAGAAAAUCCUCAGUAAAGUGGACUGAGCCGACCCUUAAUUGACUGUCAUGGUACUUAAUAUUGUACUCCAAGCACCAUUGCUUUGAUAAAACAAGAAAACAAAGAAGCCACUGUUUUUAAUAACUGUUUAUGGGGGGAAACAAAUGUUCAAGGUUGACAAUCAAAGCUUACUAUCAAACAUGAGUCAUAUCAGUAUUUAAUAGCCACACAAUACAACUCUUGAGUCCCAUGAGCCAUUGAAAAUAACUAAACAAGAUGAUAGGAUUUAAAAAAAAAAAAAAUCUUUAAACAACCUUCUCACAACAAAAGGACAUUAAAAUGACUGCUAUAGACACUGCAACAAUUGAGUGAAUAGCAUAACUGUAGUACGAUGCUGAAUUCUUUACCUUGAGCUCUCUGCUCCUGCAUGAGUUCAGAUAUUUGUCCCUCUCCCAAGCUUGCAAAUAUCUGCCCAUAUUUAAUCGUCACAAGGGUCAGCACUGGAGUCUUAUGUGUGUGACUGCGGAGUAGCUGGGACCUCUCACGCCACUUCGACAGUACAAAGGAAGUGUACAGACUGCUUUCAGGCAAUCAGUGGCAUCACCAUGGCCUACAGUGCAUAUUAAUUGUGCCAAAGCGUACAGUGUGAGAAGGCUUAGAUACAACGACACCGCAUCCAGUUUAAGAGAUCCUGUGUUUAAUUUUGAUUUCCAGUAUUUAUUAUGAAUUAUAUAUUGAAAUGUGUAUUUAUUGUGGUUUACUAAAAGUCUGUAUUGAGUAAAUUGAUUCACUAUCUUAAAAAAAUGACUUUUGUUUCAUGCUGGUUGUGAGUUGUAAAAGCUUCAUGUGCCUGAUUUUGUUUUGUUCUCUUUCUUAUUCUGUGAAAUGCAUACGUUUUGCACAAAAUGGUACAGAUUUUUUUCAUUGUGUUUCAAUGUUUUUUUUUUCAACUGUAGAUAGAGCCAAUUUUAUUAUUGGUUGUUUCAUUUUUAACAUGGUUUUGAAAUAAAUCUAAUUCAAAAU